GUGGUUCCCUAAGAUGGGUUUCCUCUCUUUUCGGGUCCAAAGUCUACUUCGAAAGAUUUCUCAGCUAUCAUGGAUUAGUUGUCCUUAAACAUUUGAAGUCAACGGUAUGAUUGGUGUAGUAACGCGUUUUCUCUGGUCCCUGGCCAUGGUGCAGUGCAUCUAUGCCAGAGUUUCGGUGAUGCCUUUUUUCGGCCAAGAUAGCGCUGUCAUAGUAGAUAUAAAUCGGAAAUUGCCAUCCAAGCUGGACUCUAAGCUACAGAACGCAUUGUACUAUAACAUGCCGGUUUAUAAGCUGAUUAAACCCAAUUCACCUAGCACGACGACUACAACAGCUGCUCCAGAUUGGGGUUAUCCGGAGGACCUUCUGGACAUAGCUCACAACAAGUUAGGCUUGAAGAAUCUGCCGAACAUCGAGGAUCUGGGCGAAAUGAUUGGAACGGAUAGUGACAAGGAAACCAUAGAUUACAUACGCACUCUGGCCGGUAAUGAUGGGGGAUUAGCUCUGAUGAAACAAUAUAUAAGCAUUCUGCAGGCGGAGGAGGAUGUGCCAGAGGACAAGGGGACGGCUGACGACAACGACAACGACGAUGAUGAUAAUGAUGAUAAUAACACCAUGAACAACUCUAGCUACGAUGAGUUACCACAAGAAAAAUCUACUACCGAAGCGCCCAAGCCGGAAUUGAGUCUACUGGAACGUAUUGGUGGCUUUAUGAAGCACUAUAACCUGUGGACAGGGGAGGUCACCACUACAACGACUCCUGCUCCGUUCAUCGCUCCGUCGUCCGAUGCAUUUCAGCCAUUUUUUGUGGCCCCACCUUCUCCAGCUAACAUGAAACCUUUGCGUCCUUUUUUGGUCAGGCAACCAUUACCGUAUCACUAUCCCAUUCCACUACGUCCCGUGGCUCUGCCCACCAUAAAGCCAAUUCAAGUGACCACCUCGACAACCACACCGGCACCGAAGCCACAUCUCAACACCCCUAAAUUACAAGAGGAUUCGGAAUUCAAAUACUCUUCCUACCCUCCAUACAUCCAACAGUUCGCCAAAUUGGCCAACAUCUCGCCCCAUGUCGUGGAUCACUUCUUAGAGCGGCAGCCAAAACUCUCGGAACUGGCUAAGCGCCUGAGCACGCUGGCAUUAAGUCAGGAGCAAAUCCAGGACAUGGAUGACCAGGUGCUCAAAGCCAUCCAGAAUGCUUUGGCGAAGAAUGAUGAUCUUAAGCGACUGAUCGAGGCGUCGCAGGCACUUAAAUAAGCAAAAUGUUUAACUAGUCUAAAAAUCAUUUCAAAGAAAAUAAAUUUGCUUUAAAAAAUUUGAAAUUUCUUAUUUUUUAGG